AUGAAGCCGGGGGAGGCAGAGGAGGGGCCGGUGCGGUUAAGGAGGGGCGGUGAGGCCGGGAGGCGCUGCUCGCGAGUGGCGAAGCCUUUGCUGCGGACGACGGGCUUCUUUGUCACUCUGCCGGCUGCAACACGGCGCAAGUGGCGUUGGUCGGGCAUGGUGAUGAAACAGUCGCGACCGGAGUUCGAGGUGCAGAUGGCGGGGGGUGGGAGGGAUGCCGGGAAGGGAAUCAAAGAACAGUGA